CCAUGGCCUGCUGCGCCGGCGCAGGAUGCUCCAGGCCCAGCCUUCCCUCGACCGCUGAGCGCAUGCGCCUUGAGAGGCCGGCUGGGGAGACAUGGAGAACUGUUUGGCGGCCGCGGCGCUGAACGGGGUGGACCGACGUUCCCUGCAACGCUCGGCUAGGCUGGGUCAAGAAGUGCUGGAGCGGGCCAAAAGGAGGGCGGUGGACUGGCAUUCGGUGGAGCUUCCCAAAGGCAGCGUGGGGGUCAUUUCCCGGGAGCGGCCCUACAGAGAAAGGGGCCCCCAUCGCCUUGUCCCAGGAGAGAGAGAAGAAAGACACCCAACCCUCAGUGCUUCCUUCAGAACAAUGGCUGAAUUCAUGGACUAUACUUCAAGUCAGUGUGGGAAAUAUUAUUCAUCUGUGCCAGAGGAAGGAGGGGCAACCCACGUGUAUCGUUAUCACAGAGGGAAGUCGAAGCUGCACUUGUGCUCGGACACUGGGAAUGGUCAGAGAAAAGACACCCCCCUUCAUGUUGGAGGCAUCCGUCAGGCGUCAGAGUGUGCACUAGAGGCAUCCCAGCCUGCUGAGAACAUCUCUAAGGACCUCUACAUAGAAGUAUAUCCAGGGACCUAUUCCAUCACUGUGGGUGUAAAUGACUUGACCAAGAAGACUCACGUGGUAGCAGUUGAUUCAGGACAAAGUGUGGACUUGGUCUUCCCCAUAUGACGUUGACCAUCGCAGACAUCACCUUUUUCUUGUUUGUUUUUUAAGUAUCAAGAAGAAUAAAGCUACCAUGUGUCCUCUUAAAAUUUA